AUGAUCAUAAUAAUUGGAGAAUCCGUAAUAGGAGUGUUUGUGAAUGGAUACAUUGGACUAGUAAUAUGGAUUGACUGGAUUAAGAAGAAGAAGAUCCUCCUAAUUGACUACAUCCUCACCAGUUUGGCUACCUCCAGAAUUUGUCUGCUCUGUGUAAUAGCAAUAAGUGGCAUCAUACGGGCACUCUACCCAGAUGUUUAUGAAAAUAAGAAAGUAAAGGUGCUCUUUAAUAUCUUCUGGACGCUUACCAACUACUUAAGUAUGUGGUUUGCCACCUGCCUCAGUGUCUUCUAUCUCUUCAAGAUAGCCAGUUUCUCCCACCCACUGUUUCGCUGGCUGAAGUGGAGAAUCAGCAGGGUGGUUUGCUGGAGCCUGCUGGGGUCCUUGGCCAUUUCCUUGCUGAUUGUCCUUAUACUAGUGACAUUAUCAAACUGUGAUUAUAAUUUCCUUAAAACUGAAAAACAUAAAAGAAACUUCACUGAAGUAUUCCAUGUGAGUAAAAUACAAUACUUUGACCCGUUGACACUAUUUAACCUGUUGGCAAUUGUUCCAUGUACUGUGUCAUUGAUCUCUCUUUUCCUUUUAAUUAUGUCCCUAUGGAGACAUACUAAACAAAUGAAAUUCAAUGUUACAGGCUGUAGAGACUCCAGCAGAGAGGCUCACCUGGAGGCCAUGAAAAUGGUGACUUUGUUUCUUUUUCUCUUUUUUGUCUACUACCUGGCCUGUCUUUUGGCAACAUAUAGCUACCUUAUGAAAGAAAGCAGGUUAGUUGUGAUGUCUGGAGAGAUUAUAGCAAUUCUUUAUCCCUUAGGUCACUCACUUUUUUUAAUUAUUAGAAAUAACAAGCUGAGGCUGGCAUUUGUCAGGAUGCUGAAAUGUGGGGAAACAGCCUGAAUGAUGUAAAAUCUUAAGUUUAUAAAAGGAUUUUAA